AUGACUUCUGGAUCUUCUUCUGAUGAUACAGUCCUUCAUCAUUCUAUCCAAGAGGAUAAGACCUGUGGACAAUGUAGAAGAAGUGGAAGCUCAAGCAAUUCUUCAGGUAGGCUUACCAAGAGAACCAGCAACAGUCAAGAUAGUAGCUGUAGCAUACGAUUCAUGCAGUCUGGAAGUUCUCAGUUUAACUAUUCCUAUGACUUUCAAGAUAACACUUCAACAACAGCUGUCCAUGGCAGCAAGGACAGCAUUUGUUCAGAGGAGAACAACUGUGGAACUUCUCAGAAGUACUAUUGCAAAGAUUUUCACUCAGAUUCCUCUGAAAACCCCAUAAGUGAAGGGAGUGGCAGCUACAUCAUCCCAUUGCCCCAGAAACAAAAAACUAAAGAGCGGAUAUUACCAGAGAAGAAAAAGAGAAAUGAUGUCCAUCCAAAAGGAGGUAAAAUGUUGCCUAAAAGGAAACCUAAGCAGAAGACCCCAUUUAUUACUGACCAUAUCAAUAAUCAGGAGAAAAAUAACAUGGCUUGCCGUCUAUUGUCAGCAAGGGAUCAUAAAAUUAAAGAACUGAAAAAUGAAGUGGCUGUUCUGCAGAAUAAAUUGGAGACUUUUACUUUGGAAAACAAAAUGCUGAAGCGCCUUCAGUCUCAACAUUUAAAAACCAUCAGUAAGUAUGAAAAUGCUGAGAUUAACCUGCCUGAUCUUUUGGCCACGCAGUCGAAUGAAGUGCAGAGUCUGAGAGCACAUCUCAGGAAAUCUCAGGAAGAAGAGCGCAGGGCUUCCAAGAAGCUGAGAGACGUUGAAGUACAACUCUUAAAAACAACGGACGCCUUGCAGGCAUUGCAGAAACUUUGCGAAGACAAAAAACUUGAAGAGAGAGGAGAACUUCAGCAUAAAUUAACAUCACUUACCCAAAAAUUGGAAGCUAGUGAUAAGAAAACCCAGGAUUUGGAAAAGCAGCUUUUGUUGAACACUGCUUCCUUUAGACAUCAAUUAGCGGUUGAGAAAAAAAAGACUGUUGAAGCUCAGUCAAUCAUUGCAAAUUUGCAAGUAGAAAUGGAGUCGCUGAAGCAAAAACUUAAGGAAAGAGACCGAGAACUAGGCAUCACAAAUAUUUAUGCACACCGGAUUCGUAAAGGUCAUCCAGAGAAAGCCGAUUCAUGUUCUUCUCCAAAAGGUUCCUUACUCAACCCAAAGAUGACAUGCAGUAGAAGACCAAGGAACAGGCAACAGGGUGAAAUAGCCGACAUUAUGGGAGAUUCUGUCGCCAGUUAUGAGCCAUCAUUUGCCAGAUUUCCAAAGAAAAGACAAAAGGACACCUCUUCAACACCCAGUGAAGAAAACAAUAGCAAGAUACCACCUGGAAAAAAAAGGCUUCUUUUGGAAAAACUGUUUGGUCCAAACUGCAUCUUAAAUACCAAAUGA